AAAUGUUGACGAAAAAAUUCGACAUUUAUCAUUUUGUGAGGAGAAGCUGCUAAAAGUUCCGCAAAUUUUGAAGAAAUUAAAAAAUGUUCGAACGGUAAUUGCACUACAGCAUUCAGAGGGACCAAAUACUAUUGAUGACACUUUUAUCAGUUUCUGUGUCUCAAAUUUCAAGUACCUACGGGCACUUAAAUUAAGUGAUUCAUCAUUGGAAGCCUUACCAGAUUCCAUUGGUACCUUGAAGCACUUACGAUACCUCAACUUGGAUCGAUGUCAUAAAAUAAGGAAACUUCCUAGUUCUUUCUAUAAGUUACAGAGCUUGCUAACGUUAAAAAUGUGGAAUGUUCCUUUGAUGCAGUUGCCUGACAGCGUGCAAAGCUUGAUUGAGCUUAGAUAUCUAGAAAUAACUAUUGAAGCUAAGCAUUUGAAAGAAAUUAGACCAGGAUGUUGGAGUUCUCUUCAAUACUUAAGCUUGGCUAACUGCGAAAAUUUAGAAGGUUUGUUUGAAGGAAUGCAGUGCCUGACAUCACUUCAAACACUUUAUCUGCAUUAUUGUCCUAAACUUGUCUCAUUGCCACGAAGCCUGAAAUUCCUAACCAAAUUAGAAGAACUUUACGUUAUUGAUUGUGGUGAAAUCAAUUUACAAAUGGAACCGGAAGAGGAAGAAGACAAAGACCUUCACUUGAGCCUUAAAAUUUUCAGAGUAUUCUCGUUAGAUGCAAUGACAUAUUUGCCACGAUUGCUUCUCGAAGGAUCUUCUACCACUUUGCAGCAAAUAGAAAUUGGCUUCUGUGACGAGCUUGAGGUACUACCAGCGUGGCUACAAAAUCUCACAUCACUUCAUAAACUUGAGAUCAGUUGUUGCCCAAAUUUGUUAUCUCUUCCGGAGGGAAUGGAUCGCCUCACUGAACUUAGACAACUAAAAAUUGAAGGAUGUCCGGUCUUGACCGAAAGAUGCCGACGAGAUGGGGGUGCAGAUUGGCACAAAAUUGCACAUGUCCAAGAGGUUAAUAUCAUAUAUUAUUAGAGCAGCCAGCAGAUCUCAUGAUGGAUGAAUCAGCCAAAGCUUGCAGGCCGUGGAAGCUUUUACCUUGUUUGUUUGCAUUAGAUUUCAAGUUGUGGAUUGUAAUUCUAAAAUAUGUGUGAGCUUUUUACUUUGUUUUGCUUCAGAUUUCGAAGUCAUGCUUGAUGGUUAUGGAUUGUAAGUUUAAUUUGUAACAUUUGUUGAUGUCUUGCACCUAAACUCCUGUGUUUGUUUUGUUGUUUGCAUACUCUACUUAAGCUAUUUAUUCCAGUGUUCUGUUUGCCUGCCACUCUUGUUGGAACCCUUGAGAUUAAUGACUUAUUUUGUUUUUAUACAUAUGAUUUUGAAUUAUACAAAAUGAUAGUUAAGUCUCAAUGACAUUGGUUAUCAUGAUUUUGUUGUAAAACCUUAAUAAACAUUCAGGAUUAUCUUAAUAAGAUUCAACCCCAAGUCAUUUUAAGCUUUUGAUUUGGGCAUAUAACCUUUGUCAGGGACUCUACCCCGCAGCUAAAACCUAC